UAUGAAUAAAUUAUUAAUUAGUAUAGCCAAGAUACCAAUAUAUUAACCUAGAUUUUCAUUUAACAAGGUCUUGAAAGAUAAGGAUAAGGGUGAUGAAAAACAAUUUUUUUCAAAAGAAGAUUGUAAAUGUUUGAAGUAUGAUUAGAAAAAUUGAUGUCUAAAUUAAUUAAGAAAAUGAAAGAAGCUAAUGAACAUCCAUAGGCAUCAACAAGUAAUAGUCAAGAGGAUAAAGAUGAAUUAUAAGUAUGAUAAAGUAUUACUAAAAAUAGAAAAUAUUUAGUAGAUAUAAAGUUAAUUACACAGAUGCUAUGAUUGAAGAAAUCCUUAAUUGGAAAAAAUCAGAUUGAA